AUGGUCAAUGGCGGACUGGUCGAACAGGUGGAGGGGCUAGAGGAUCUAGCCAGACAGAGAAUGGCUGAGUCUGAGCGCCUUGUGGUGGUAUCUGACCGUCUGCGAGGGAGAGCCGUGAAGGCAGCAGCAAUGGUCCCCACCAGACUGAUCCAACGUGGCUGGAUCUUGUCCCUUGUC